CGUCGAGAUAUUUUGGCGGGUUUGUUAGCGCGUCGGCGGGAGCCUGUGCGGUUCACUAACAAUUUGCGUUGGACGUGGACCGGAACGUUCAAAUCGACUUUGUGCGUCGCGUCAAUUUACACGGUAACUGAAAGGAACCGGGGACAUUUCAUCCACUUUAUGUCCGCCUCCUUCCAUCUCAUGUGGCUUUCUUCCUGCCAUGCCAUUUCUGUCGACUUCCGCCUCUCCUCCUACGCGUCGGGCAAAUGUGGACAGCAACCACCAGUCACCAGCAGCAAAUACCAGAAGCAGCAAAGAAAACACCACAAUCUCAGCAGGUUCUCAUGGCGACGACAAUGAUAUCGGGCAGCGGCAUCACUCGCCGCGGAAAACACGAGAAUAUGAGACGGCAACGGCAACGGCAACGCCAAGUGGGAGGUUGAUUGCAUCGCAUCCCAACACCGCGACGCCAUCAGCUUCCUCGACCUCGGCAACCCUUCACUCACCACCCAAACCUAAACCCAAACCUGUGUUCAAGAUGAAGAGAACCGGCCACAGCCGUCCUUCUCCCUCUUCCGCAAACGCUGGCCCAAAAAUACCAAAGCCCCGACCAAAACCAGAGCCUGACUCGGACAUCAUCGCCAUGGGGGAUAUUCAGGACUCGGACCUUAUAAAGGUCCAACUCGCCAUGGACGCCUUGAGCGCCAGUCGGGCGACCCGCUCCAAGACCCAAGCACCACCAAAACCACCAACGAUCGAUCCGAGCACCGAAGCCCUUGAUGCUAGCGCUUACAAGGUCUGGAAGGAUCAAGACAUGGGCAAGUUACUGCCCACCUGCGGUGCACUCCUGCCUCCCGGUUAUGAACAGUCCGAUCAUCCCGAACUCCCUUGGAUCUGCCCAGUCAGAAGUUGUCGAGCCCUCUUACCCGGCCUUCCGAAUCUGGGUAGACAUUUUCUUGUGCUUCACCGUGCUUGUCGAUUAAACGAUAAUCUGGACGGCACCUUGACCGACCUUGGGAGAUAUGCCAACCCCACUCCUGGCAAUGGCAGAAGAUUUGGCGGUACCACUAAAUCCUGUAUCAUCGUAUCCAAAAAGUACAUGAGCCUUGCGGAAUCACCCAUGGUUGAACCAAAACCCUACACACCACAUGCCCACAACAAAUCCCUGCCUGUACAGGAAGUUCCCAAGCGCGAGCUUCGUCGGCGGUCGCCAAUCGAUGAGAGUGAAACCAUCCAGGUCUCAGCUAUGAGUGAUGACGACGAUGAGCUUGACCCCCAGGAUGAGGCCAAGGGUGCUAUUGUUCCUUCCAACGAGGGGCCUACCGACAAGAUAUUGGUAACCGCAAAAUCUGGACGUCCAUACAACAUGUGGCCUGACCAGUCCGGGGCGUGGACAGAUUUACGCGGCCUCUUAUUGCCAGACGAAUGGACCCUUUAUACGGAGCAUCCCACCCACCAGUGGAUAUGCCCAGUCAGAUCAUGCCGGUACCUAUACAGCGCCAAGUUUCAUCUUGCCAAUCACUUCAAGAUGAGAUACUACGGCUGCCGGCUCAAUGACAAUCUGGACGGGACCUUUACCGUUGUUAAGCGUCCUACCACUCGUCUCCAUAUUGAGCAACUUCGGAUCGACUAUCACAAUGACCCACCGGUCGUAGUAUCGCGUGGAGCAAGAGAGAGUGAACCAUUAGCGGAACCCCAAAUAUCUCAGAACUAUGUCAAUCGAAUGUUGCGACAGCAUCGCAGAGGGAAAAGUUCCUCAACGGGUAGCUCGAUUGGAGAGACUAUCAUCAAGGACACUAGAGACCUGCAAGAAAUGCAGAACAUAGAACGUACCAGUCCCCCAGCUGUUGAUAAGUCAGUUGGAAAUGCCCGCGUUAUUCUUUCUGAUGUCGGGUUCGAUAAUGCCACCGAUGGUCGGCCUUACACCCAUUGGCUGAAUCCGGAGAUCAAUCGGUUUCAGGUGACGCGAGGAUUGAUCCCUGAAGGUUACCAACUUGAACAUCAAGCGUUUCCCCUUCGACCCUGGAUAUGCCCCAUCAGGUCAUGCAGACUCCUCCUCAGAGGGCAAGCAGCCUAUAGCAAUCACUGGACCGUAUGUCAUCCCAGCGUUUGCGUAAACGACAACCAAGACGGGACUUUUAGCAUCGUUGAAGGCCGCAGCAAGACUGGUCCUCGUGUUGUGUCUAGGGGCCCAAUGAAUUAUGACGAGUCACCCUUGAGAGAGGCGCAUUUGCCCAACAAGGAACACAGGCGUGUUGUGGAGCCGGAAAUCUCGACCGACGAUUAUGAAAAUCAGAACAACGAGAUGCCGGGCCGGAUAAGCCAAAAGCGGACUCUUGACGAAAUAACAACAUCACCACCAACACCAGAACCAGGAGAGGAAGGUGGGCACCCCGAAGGACUGCGACGAUAUAUCACCUCCAAGAUCGGGGGUAACUUUCCAGAAAUAGAGGAAACGGAACUGGAAGUUCUCCUCUCUUUACCCCGUCGGCGAGAUCUCAAGUUGAAGCACCCUCUUCCAGUUACUCACACACUCGCUCUCAAGCAGCUCGCCGCAGUAGUUGCGCAACUUACUGGGCGCGAAGCCCCCAAGCCAUGUACUGCAUGUCGGCGCCGCGCAGGGCCUUUUAAGGGCUGUAUCACCAUUAUACCUAAGAUUAGUGUCAAGUUACGCAGAUUGGUCUCUAUCAGUUAUCGCAACGCUUGUGCCAACUGUCUUUACGGAAACACAUACAAUGCAUGCAGUAUCAAGCACCUGAACAAAACUGAAGAGCGCGCGACACGCGUGGUUGCGUUUGGAAAUGGUGGUGAUGUAGAAGAAGCAGGGGACGAAGCAGGCGAUGAGGCAGGCGAUGAGGCAGGCGAUGAUGCAGAAGACGAAGCGGAUGAGGAGAACGAGGAGGCUUACGAGUACGACGAGCAACUUGGCGCCACGGUCAUCCGGCGCUCGCAAAGAUUUCCUUGUAUUGCUGCUGCGGAAGAGAGCGAGGCAGAUGUGGACGGAGUACCAUCGCCACGAAAUGUGAUCACUCUCAAGGACCCAUCGCCGACUUGCGCUUCAGCUAGCUCGGAUGCUGCAGAAGAGGAACAGGAAGAUGUCGAGUAUCGUCGAGCCAGCAAGCGUCUCCGGACGAGGGAACAAACCGCCGUACCGACCCCAAUUCAGGCCACUGCUGCUUUUGCUUCGUCUUUGUUAGUGUCUAAGGAGGAUCUCGUAACUGAGCACUGGGAAAGAGGUUCAAGAGGGGUUCUACCCAGGCGGCGCCACCCAUCGGAAAACCUCGUCUACUCCUCCUCGUACCUCUCAGCCAACCAGACCAUCCAGAUAUGCAAAUCGACCACCCUGACAGCGCUCACCAUCACCUCGGGUAGCACUCAGCGGCUGCCCGCCGACCAAACCCGCACCCGGAUAUGCACACUCGUCAGCGGCAAGCUAAGGGUGAUACUGAACGAUGGCGAAGACGAGUUUACUGUUGGCCCACGUGGUGUGUUCAAGCUCAGCCCAGGCGCGACGUGCUUGCUGGAGAAUGGGUGUUAUCUGAACGCGGCGGUGCAUGUAACUGCUGUGGCUGAUCGAUAGUUAUUUCCGGUCGGUGCUCGGAAGAAAGAGUGAAACGAUAGGGUAGAUAAGGUAGGUAAACAUGUGGCUUGGGGAUGCGAGCUGUGUGACAUGCAUUCUGUGCAUUUUGAGAUACACUACGCAUACGUUUACGCAUGCGCAUGCGAGCCUGAUUGGAGUUUGGAGAGGGACCUCGGGGAUAAACAGAAGAGUUAUCGGGAAUUAAAACCAUUUGUUCGCCGCAAACAGUUUAUCAUUGCGGCGGGGUAAUGGAAGGGGAAGGUCCUACCAAAUAGAAGACUCUGAUGGGUGCUCGGCAAUGCAAGUGAAAGAAAUGAGGCGGUUUAUUGACGUGAGACAUCCAAAGGGAGGAUGUCAAAAAUCAAAACAAAACUCGGCCAGGAACACCAAGAGCGGUUGCGAUUGGCACGCCCAGCCUCUCGGUUCUGGUUCGCCUACUUAUUGCAUGCUCAUACAUACAUACAUACAUAUGUACUUACGUACAUAAAGAUGGCGACCUGCGACCGUUAGGCCUCAACGCAGGCUUUCGAGCAUUCAUUCCACUCCGACCGAGUGGUAACCGAGCGCAGUCCGGGUCGCUUUGACCGGUCGCAUGUUUCUGAUAAGCCGAGAAACCGAGUCCGGAUACAUAUCCUACGCCAUCGAUCCGGGCUUGAUCUUUAUCAAAUGCACAACAUGCACUCGGUUGCGUGGCGGGGAUGAGAUGAUGAGGGGAAGAAAGCGGGGGGGAGAUAGGGAUUGCAGAAGGAAAUAAAAGGUUUCUUGUUGCCUUGUGUUUUGUUAUGCCUGAGAUCUUUCCUCCUUCAAAGUGAGCCAUCAAUCCAUCAUUAAAGUCCGUUUGUUCAGAAAAGUUUUGAUAUUCAGC